CUUUUCCUGGUGGCGCCAUGAAGAUCUGUGUGUGUACUUCUUGGAAAGAUUCCAGGUGCUUGAAAAGGACGUCUCAGUGGGUCAAGGGUUGCUCAGAAAAAGGGAGUCAAACAUCUUUCUGCUCUUGAUCCAGAGGUCUUGUCCAUUUUCGUGCCUCCUUUUAUCAGUAAAGGGGACAGUCAAAUGGCUGGUGCAAACUGCGGCACUCUCGGUAAAACCAGGAGGCGCUCCUUCAGAAAGAAGAGAGAGAGGCCCAGACCAGAGCAGUGGAAAGGCCUCUCAGGGCCCUCCAGAGUGCCAGAGCCUGAGGAUGUCACUGUCCCCGGCGGCGUGGACCUCCUCGCCCUGCCCCAGCUGUGCUUUCCAGGGGGUGUGUGCGUGGCCACUGAACCCAAGGAGGAUCGCGUCCACUUCCUGGUGCUGACCGAUGUCUGCGGGAAUAGGACCUACGGCGUGGUGGCCCAGUACUACCGGCCCCUGCACGUAUUUCACAUGAAGCCGCUCCAGAUUGUGUUUCCUGCCCGAGCAGACCCCGAAAGCCCCAUCCUGGACCUGGACCUUCACCUGCCCUUGCUGUGCUUCCGGCCUGAGAAGGUGCUGCAGGUCCUGACAUGCUUCCUGACAGAACAGCGGAUCGUCUUCUUCUCCUCGGACUGGGCUCUGCUGACGCUGGUCGCCGAGUGCUUCAUGGCCUACCUGUAUCCGCUGCAGUGGCAGUACCCCUUCGUGCCCAUCCUGUCGGACCAGAUGCUGGAUUUCGUCAUGGCCCCCACGUCCUUCCUCAUGGGCUGCCAUCUCGACCACUUCGAAGAAGUCAGCAAGGAAGCUGACGGUUUAGUUCUGAUAAAUAUUGAUCAUGGGAGCAUCACCUACUCCAAGUCCACGAACGAUAAUGUGGACAUUCCUGAUGUCCCCCUCCUGGCGGCCCAGACGUUUAUUCAGAGGGUGCAGAGCCUCCAGCUCCACCACGAGCUGCAUGCCGCCCACCUCCUCUCCAGCACAGACCUGAACGAGGCCCAAGCCCACCGGCGGGCCUGGCAGCAGAAACUCAACUGCCAGAUACAGCAGACCACCCUGCAGCUGCUUGUGAGCAUCUUCAGGGAUGUAAAGAAUCAUUUAAAUUAUGAACACAGAGUCUUUAAUAGUGAAGAAUUUCUCAAAACCAGGGCUGCAGGGGACCAUCAGUUUUAUAAGCAGGUCUUAGACACCUACAUGUUCCAUUCUUUCCUUAAAGCCCGGCUCAAUAGGAGGAUGGACGCCUUUGCUCAGAUGGACCUUGACACCCAGUCGGAGGAGGACAGAAUAAAUGGAACGCUUGUAAGUCCAAGGAGACCGACUGUUGAGAAAAUAGCGUCUCGGAAGCCCUCGCACCUGCAGGUCACCCACAGGCGCAUGGUGGUCAGCAUGCCCAACCUGCAGGACAUCGCCAUGCCUGAGCUGGCACCCAGGAACUCCUCGCUCCGGCUGACGGACACCGCAGGCUGUGCGGGCAGCAGCGCAGUUCUCAAUGUGACGCCGAAGUCCCCAUAUACAUUCAAGAUUCCCGAAAUCCACUUUCCGCUGGUGAGCGAGUGCGUGCAGGCGUACUAUGCCGACUUUGUCACCCUGCUGAGCAAGGCCAUGGACUUUCUGGCCCCUGAUAACUCUCUGCUCCUGGCCCGCUAUUUCUACCUCCGAGGGCUCGUUCAUCUGAUGCAAGGACAGCUGCUGAGCGCCCUCUUGGACUUCCAGAAUCUCUAUAAAACAGACAUACGGAUCUUUCCCGCUGAUUUGGUGAAGAGGACGGUGGAAUCCAUGUCUGCCCCCGAGCGGGCGCAGGCGGAGCGGGCGCCGGAGCUGAUGCGGCUCAUCAGCGAGAUCCUGGACAAGCCGCACGAGGCCUCAAAGCUGGACGACCACGUGAAGAACUUUAAGCUGCCCAAGGAGUACAUGCAGCUGGACGACUUCAUGAAGCGGGUCCAGGAGUCAGGGAUCGUGAAGGACGCCAGCACCAUCCAGCGGCUGUUCGAGGCCUUGACUGUAGGACAGCAGAAACAAAUCGACCCAGAAACAUUCAAAGAUUUCUACAACUGCUGGAAGGAGACAGAAGCAGAAGCCCAGGAGGUCAGUCUGCCGUGGCUGGUGAUGGAACACCUGGAUAAAAACGAGUGUGUGUAUAAGUUGUCCAGCUCCGUCAGGACGAACCUAGGCGUUGGCAAGAUCGCCAUGACUCAGAAGCGUCUGUUCCUCCUAACCGAAGGAAGGCCAGGCUACGUGGAGAUUUCCACCUUCAGAAAUAUAGAGGAGGUCAGGAGCACCUCUACUGCAUUUCUACUUAGGAGAAUACCCGCUCUAAAAAUCAAAGUGGCGUCCAAGAAAGAAGUCUUCGAAGCCAACCUGAAAACUGAGUGUGACCUUUGGCACCUGAUGGUGAAGGAGAUGUGGGCUGGGAAGAAGCUGGCCGAUGACCACAAGGACCCUCAGUACGUCCAGCAGGCGCUGACCCACGUCUUGCUGAUGGACGCCGUCGUGGGCACGCUGCAGUCACCAGGUGCCAUCUACGCUGCCUCCAAGUUAUCCUACUUCGAUAAGAUGAGGAAAGAAAUGCCCAUGGCACUUCCGAAGACAACCGUGGAAACACUGAAGCAUAAAAUCAACCCCUCGGCAGGGGAGACGUUCCCACAAGCGGUGGACGCGCUGCUCUACACUCCGGGGCAUCUGGACCCAGCCGAAAAAGUUGAAGAUGCUCGCCCCAAGUUAUGGUGUGCUCUGAGCGAUGGCAAGGUGACUGUGUUCGAUGCUUCUUCCUGGACCAUCCACCAGCACUCCUUUAAAGUGGGCACUGCAAAAGUGAACUGCAUGGUGAUGGCCGACCAGAACCAGGUGUGGGUUGGCUCAGAAGACUCCGUCAUCUACAUCAUCAACGUCCACAGCAUGUCCUGCAACAAGCAGCUCACAGACCACUGCUCCAGUGUCACGGACUUGAUUGUGCAGGACGGACAGAGGGCACCCAGCGAGGUGUACUCAUGCAGCAUGGACGGCACAGUGCUGGCGUGGAAUGUGAGCACACUGCAGGUGACCAGCCGCUUCCAGCUGUCGAGCGGCGGCCUCACGUCCAUCAGACUGCACGGCGGCUGCCUGUGGUGCUGCACAGGUAACAGCAUCAUGGUCAUGACAACGAAUGGAUUCCUCUGUCAAGAAUUGAAGAUUGAGGAGCACUUCAAAGACAUCAGUACCUCCUUCCUGGCCUUCCAGCUCCUUCCCGAGCAGGAGCAGCUGUGGGCGGCCUGUGCAGGACGCAGCGAGGUUUACAUCUGGAGCCUGAAGGACCUGGCCCAGCCCCCGCAGAGGGUGCCCCUCAAGGACUGCUCUGAGAUCAUCUGCAUGAUCCGGGUGAAGAAGCAGGUCUGGGUGGGCAGCCGAGGGCUGUGGCAGGGAAUACCCAGGGGGAAAAUCUACGUGAUUGAUGCGGAGAGGAAGACCGUGGAGAAGGAGCUGGUGGCGCACACGGACACCGUGAGGACACUGUGCUCGGCCGAGGACAGAUACGUGCUGAGUGGGUCGGGCAGGGAGGAGGGGAAGAUCGCCAUUUGGAAAGGGGAGUAAACAUGGCUGAGCCUG